AUGAUCUCCUUAGAUUGGGGAUCCCGAAAGCAAGAAACAGGUAAUUCGCAGGUAGGGCACAGUCCGCUACUACACUGCGCCAAGUCGGCGGUUGAAAUAUGUAUCCACUACAAUGGACCGGGUAAAGACAUUGGACUAACUGAGUUUGACAGCUGGAAUUACGAGGGUGAUGACAAACCGGCAGACCUAAAGAAAGGGCAUGUAUCUGAUGAAGGAGAUUUCAUCAAUAGGGCAAAGAAGAAAUUCACGCCUUAUUACCAGCUAUUAGUCCCAUGGGUCAAUAGACUACGGAGGAAGGUAUUUCCGAGCGGUGAGAGGUGGAAGAAGCCACAACCAAACCUGUAUUUCGAGAUGAGGAAGAUCCCUUCCGAAGCCCAGAAGGACCCAAACGUGGUGGCGGAUCUUAACGUGGGCGAAUGUGUCGCACCACCGAGCAGAAAGUAG